AACAGCCCAAGACUACCGGGUAUCGCUCUCGUGCAGUUGUUUUAUAGGACUCUAAAAUCAAACAAGAUGGCUCUUGAAAAACUAAGCGGCAAAGUAGUUAAGAAGGGGAAAGAUGUAGACUUGUCAGAGUUUGACGUAGUGGGCCUGUAUUUCUCGGCCCACUGGUGCCCGCCCUGUCGCGGCUUCACACCUGAACUGGCCAAGUUCUACGAGACACCUGGCGAGAGAGCUCCGGGCACGAAGUUUGAGAUUGUAUUCAUCAGCUCCGACAGGGACCAAGGCUCCUUCGAUGAGUAUUACGGAGAGAUGCCCUGGGCUGCAUUGAAGUUUGACGAACGAGACACUAAGACGGAGUUGGCGGGAAUGUUUCAAGUGCGGGGAAUCCCCACGCUGGUCAUACUGGACGGCAAGACGGGCGAGACGCUGGACGCGCAGGCCAGGAACACCGUCAUGGAGAUGAUAGACGCUAAAGACUUCAAUAAAGACAAAUGGGGGAAAUAACCAUAUGUUCUCUGAAAAGACAUGUUUGCGUAGUGAUUUAAAUUGUUUUAUCUAUAUUUAUUGUCGAAUACUCACUUGUACGGUAUAUGAAAUAUAUUGACAUUAAAUUAUUUGUUAUUUAUCGGCAUAUUUUGUGUAGUACGUAAUUUUUGUCGUGCACCUGUUUUUGGACAUUUUGUUUCAUUAAGUUAUAAAUGUGCAAUAACAUGGCAGCAAAAUGUCGUCUGCACCAAGGCAUACAAAAUUGCUUCUGAGAAAAAAAAUUAUCCUUACUUUUGUGUACAACAAUAACAUUUUAUUAUUACACGUAUCUUGCAGUUUGAUACGUUUUUGAACGAUUUGCAAUGAAUAAAUAUACCAUCCCCGUUUCCCCAAAACGUGUACAUGUAUAUCCGCGCAUUUAAGUUGAAUAGCGCUUUAGUACUGCACACAUCAUUUGUUUCAUUUCAAUUCACUUAUAUAUAUAAGUAUAUAUACAUACGCUUUUACCCCGUUAUAUAUUAGUAAAUUAAGUUUAAACAAACAGUUUCUACGUGUGAAGUUUUAUUUCAUAUUGUACUUGAAAUAUGUAUGUCAUGGAGUGUGGGCAAAUGAUUCGUGAUUUGUAUGUCAACAUAUUCCUGUUGUUUAUGGGAAAAAUGUACCUGUAAUUUCUUGUAAAAUGUAUACAACUUUAACAUUAUAUUGGAUGUUGUAAAGUUUAUUAAAUGGAAUUAAUGUCCUUUUGUUAUGUAUCCUUGAGUGUAUUAAUAAUGUUUAUGUAUAUUUCAAUACAAUGUAAUCAAUUAAACUAUGCCUCAUA